AUGGGGGGCGGAGGAAAGGAAAUAAAAGCUGCCGCAGCUGAAGGGUGCAAAAGCAUGCUGGGGAAGAGCCAAGAAGCCAGAGGACGGGAUGGCAGCGGGAAGCCCGGCUGCGGCGGCGACCGCUGCCCGCGCCGGGCCGGGCCGUACAGCUCGCCGCUGGCCGCCCUCCUGUCGGCGCUGGCGGCGGCCUCCUGCGUCUACCUGGGGGUGCGGACCAACGACCUCCAGGCGAGGGUCUCGGCCAUCGAGGGCGCCCGGGGGGGCCCCUCUGCCGCCGCUGCGCUCCCGCCGCUGCCCGGCUUUUCCCUGGAGCAGCUGAACGCGAUGAUGCAAGAGAAAGUGGAGCGACUCCUCGCCCAGAAAUCCUAUGAGCAUUUGGCAAAAAUAAGAGUAGCGAGAGAAGUGCCUCCAGAAUGCAACUGCCCACCAGGUCCUCCAGGGAAACGAGGUAAGCGAGGCAGAAGAGGAGAGACUGGACCUCCUGGUCAACCUGGUCCACAAGGCCCUCCUGGUCCAAAAGGCGAGAAGGGAGAUCAAGGUGAUCAGGGCCCUCGGGGACCUCAGGGGCCUGCAGGACAAAAGGGUUCUGUUGGAGUGCCUGGUGUUCCAGGGAGAGAUGGGCAAGUGGGUGAACCAGGUUUGCCUGGCGUAGCAGGAGAGAAGGGAGCAGCAGGGCUUAAGGGUGACCCUGGAGAGAGAGGAGAAAAGGGUGAUGCUGGAGAACAUGGACCCAAGGGUGACACAGGAGAAAAGGGUGACCCUGGUUCUUCUGCUGCAGGAAUUAAGGGUGAACCUGGUGAAUCUGGACGGCCUGGACAAAAGGGUGAACCAGGUCUUCCUGGGCUUCCUGGACUCCCUGGGAUAAAGGGCGAACCAGGUUUCAUUGGUCCACAAGGAGAACCAGGGUUACCAGGGCUACCAGGAACAAAGGGUGACAAAGGGGAUCCAGGCCCUCCUGGAAAGGGUGAGCGAGGUGAACCUGGAGUUCCUGGACCAAAGGGGAGAACAGGUGAACCUGGAUCUAGAGGCCCGAAAGGGUCAAAGGGUGAAACAGGUGGAAAAGGUGACACAGGAUCUGUAGGUCCACGGGGGCCACCUGGACAGAAGGGUGAUCAAGGUGCAACGGAGAUAAUUGAUUAUAAUGGCAAUAUCCACGAAGCUCUGCAGGGUCCACCAGGACCACCAGGACCCCAAGGACUGCAAGGGUCAAAGGGUGAACCAGGAUCCCCAGGAACUCCAGGAGUUGAUGGGGAACAGGGUCCUAAAGGCUCAAAAGGGGAUACAGGUGAACCUGGAAUGCCUGGAGAAAAAGGAAGAAUUGGGCUGCCUGGCUUGCCAGGAGCCAAUGGAAUGAAAGGUGAAAAAGGAGAUAUUGGUUUGCCUGGUGUCCAGGGCCCUUCGAUCAUAGGACCACCUGGACCGGCAGGGCCACAUGGUCCUCCAGGCCCUAUGGGACCUCAUGGACUGCCUGGCCCAAAGGGUGAACCAGGGUUAAAUGGUCUUAAAGGAUUGAAGGGUGAAGCAGGUCAAAAGGGUGACAGAGGGCCCCUUGGUCUUCCAGUGAUAAAGGAGAAAAUACUCUGUGUGCUGCUUUGUGCAUUUGAAAGCACUCUAUGA